GCGUCUGCGCGGCCACAGGCUGCCCCUCCCAUUUGUUUUGUUUCCAUUGGCACGACCCUCCUCCCUCCCCACGGGCCACGCCGUACGGCCUCCGCUCGCCACUGGAAAAACCUGUUCUCCCCUCGGCCUGGCCGCAUAGUCUGCAUACCGGGCGUGUAGUACACACCACAGACGUCGGUAUAUGUAAUAUCACACUCAAGUUUGGGCGCAAUUUUUCUGGAGAACAGAAAAUCUGACGCCGAACGAACGGACUGAUCCUCCCCCUUGAGUCGCUGUUGCUCCCGUGACUUCGAUCAACCCCAAUAGCAAGGCAGCCACUGCUGGUGUGGGAGAGGGGGACAUCGUUGAAAAAAUCAACGGCUUCAACGUCCAGGGGACGGACCUACAGCAAGCACAACUGCUGGUCAAGAAUGCUGGGAAGCGCUUGGAGCUGCACUUGAAGAGGUCAGAAGAGAACAACAGAAUUCCAAACGGGCCGCAAAGGAGAGAUAGAGAGAUGGAAAAUUCAACACCAGGUGACCUGCACUGGAGCUGGGGAACUCUUUAUGCCGGUGGGGAUGAGCCCACCUCCUCCUCACGGUCACAGGGACCUCCCCAAACACUGCCUCCCCACUAUGACGUUGCCCAUGCCUAUCCCACAGUACACCACAACACUAACCGCCCUUGGGAGCACAGGGCCAGUUUUGAGGAUAAACCACCAUCAGCAGGUGUGAACUACAUACCAGCAGAGAGAGAUCUUCAUCUUACCAAUGUCCAGCACCCCAGGGAAGAUGCCCCCGUCCCAGAGAGGCCACUUUUUCGAGCAACAUACCUGGAACCAGUGGAUGAUGAAUAUGAUGGAAAUGGAUACGGCAGGAGGGAUGAAAUGGAGAACAAAAGAGGAGAAUACAGCCUCAGGAGGGUGACGUCCUCCAGCAGGGCCUUGCUGCAGGCUCGGUACGGAGAUGCUGCCCCACGGUUCGAGACGCCUGCCGAACGAUACGCAAAACACUGGAACGAAAGGUAUGGAGCAGCUGUAUCCAGUUAUCUGCAGUCUGAUGAGAGCUCCAGUGCACCAGUGGAAGAACCCUAUGCCACUCCUUACUCUACAGGAUCCCGCGAUGACCAGUAUUACCACCGUCCUGUGCAAAGGGAGAGUGAUGAAAAGACAGGCCAGGUAAUGGGUCUUGAAGAGUCAUCUCAGCUUUCACAGCAACCCUUGCAAGGCAGCAACUCAGUCCCAGAAAAAUCUCUGCAUCAAGCAAGGCGCGUAGAGGUCCUAACUGAGGAUGACUUUGCCAAAGAGUCAUUAUCCCCAACAUCACGUGAAGUUGUGGAAGUCUUCAAUCCCUACUCAGACACCGAUCAGCACAAUUAUAGUCUGCCGGAUUCCCUUCAUUUCAAGCCAAUUGAAGCUGACGUACAGCCUGAAGAAAAGCAGCCUCAAGAGAGCCUCAACUUUUCUGCAACUGCUGAGGCCAAGAAACUUCAGAGAAGGAGGUCACACAAAGCUGGGAGAAACUUCAUACACAGGCGGCCUGUGUCAAUGGCAACAUUCAUACGCAACAACAGACCAAGCCAUGGCCAGACCAUGUUCCGAAAAAGACACAGCUGGCAUGUCGCUUUGCAGCACGAGCCUAGAGAGUCGCCGACCAGCCCCGUUGCUAAGGGGUACGGGUCGGUUACUAUGAUAGCAGGAAAAAUGCAGCAGUCCGGAGGAUCGGCUGGAAAGUCUCCAAAAGGAAAAGUUUCAAGUGUUGACAUGCCUACCUCAGGCCAGGUUCCCCGAGUGAAACAGCGAGAAAGGUCGCCAGCAAAAACAGAGCAAAGAAACGCGCCAAAGAGACCGGAAACGAUGGAAGUAGAAGAUGUGGCAGAUGAGAAGAUGAGCCUCAGAAUGCGAGCUCCCUCUCCCACAUUCAAUGCCGUGAGGGCCUCACCAACUCCAGGAGUGUGGUCGCCGACCUCCCCAACCCCUCCCUUGGAGUCAGAAGGUGACACACACUUGGCUGAUGAGGUCAACCUGAAGAACCAACCGCACACCUGGAGUCCCUCCAACGUGCCCCCCUCCCCCACUGCCGCACGCAAGGGCUUCAAGAGUAUCCGGGUGGACCUGAAGGGGCCACAGAACCGGCCUCAGGGCCCACCCCCUCCGACACCGGAGGAGAGUUACCUCUGGAAGCCCGCUACUGGUAGCGUUAGUAGCACCCCGCCUUCUUCAUCUUGGCGCUCCCCCUCCCCUUCUGUGUCCCGUAGGUCCCCUGUCCCUGCCCCGGUAGCUCAGACCUCCGCUUCGUACCGGGUCGACAAUGCCCCCAAGACGACAUCCUCUCCUAUCCCGUGGCGAGCGUCACGCUCCCGUUCUCCCUCGCCAAAUCGACCAGAAGUCAACGGCCCUAGCGAGCUCAGUGAAGCUCGUGCCUCCCCUGUUAGGAUCAAUUCCCCCUCUGGAAAGCUCAUAUCAGUAGAAGGAAGACUUGUAUCCCCAGUAGCUAGCAGACCCCCCAGAGUCCUCUCCCCUCUUGUGUCCCAAAAAGAGCCCCCUGCCAGACCAGCCAGAAGUGCAGCAGCAGCAGAGGUUGUUCAGAAAGCCAUAUCACCUCGCUUGAAGAAAGUGUCUCCUUCAGAUUCGUCGGAAACCUCCUUGUCCCCAACGUCUUCCAUGGCAAAGAAAGCUACACAGAGUGCAUCGGAGAUCAGGCUGCAAGUACAGCACGGGAGAGUCAAUGGGGUCGAGCGGAGCCUCAGUCCAGAAUCCACCUCGUCACUGCCCAAAACAGAAAGCCCGACCACGACAUUGCUAAAGCACCACAGGCUUCCGCCAGAGAGACACACGGAGCAUGUGCAUGACAAUGCCAACAAGCUUGCCCCAGGAAGGUACAUAACACCAAAGAAUGACCUCCCAGAUGGGGCUGUAUAUCAAGAGAAGAUUGUGGAGGGAGACAUAGUCCACACAGACACUUACUACCCCAUGAGGGAACCAAAGACCACAAAGACGUACCAUGUCGUUGACUCGAAGGAAGUGAAGUUUGAAGGAGCUGGGCCUCAGGACGAGUCGGGCAUGCCCACGUCAACAAGAACGCAUCGAACCACAGAGAGACUUACUGGCAAAUCAGGGGUUUCCACGUCGACUCGAGCAAGUGUGGAGAACCAAAAGGACUGGUACAAGAAAAUGUUCAAGUCCAUGCACGACACAGGCAAAAAAGGAGUUGUCUUUGGAGACCCAGUCAAUAACGCAGGCAGGGAAAGUAAGGUAGAUGAGCCACAAACACAAAAUACAUCAAGCAAAGACGAGUCCUUCAGAAUGAGGUACAGUGGCGAAUUCUCCCCCACUGAGUUUGAAUCAGCAACAACCACGCAGGCCAAGCCAAACCGGGCCAGCAUUUCAUAUGAGCCGCGAUAUGCUAGACUUGGCAGUAGUUCCAACAACUCAACCAGUGACAAGAGUGGCAGAAGAUCCCCCACAGUGGCGCCAGUUAACCCCGGGAGGAUCGAGGACUACACCCCCGGGAGGGGAUCCAUCGGGAAGCCAGGCAAACCUCACUCACAGGAACGUAGACCCAGCCUAGAAGAUGAGCUGUGGUAUCAGUUCCUUGUAGAGAAAGAACAGCCGCUCCCAUUUAGAAUAGAGGACUAUGAGCCAGGGAAAUCCUCCAUACUUGAUAAAGGCAGGGAAGCAGCGGCCAAGAAGAGCUCCAUAUACAACCCAUACAUGGAAGACAAGAACGUGAAGCAGGCACUAAAAGUGAGUGUGACCAAGGCAGCGCAGGCAGAAACAGCCAACAGCCAGGCGGAGGAGAAGCCGACACGAGAGCUGUACAAACAGAUCCAGUCUGGAGGGGACAUCCCCACCAUGGGACUGAGGAAAGUAGCUCCAGAGAAAACAAAAGACGACUCUGUUUUUGAGCCUGACGUUACCCAGUACAGAGCACCAAUAUCUCGGGAGCCCGUGAUUGGCCCCAUCCCUGGAGCCACCAGGACCACUUCUACCAGCAGGGUAAGCACCUCAUCCACCAGUGUGGGAAAACGUCUGUCUGCAGCCGAGCAGCUGGGAGUCAAGAGCCCACCACCAACAAAAGUAAAAGGGCCAGAAAGCCCAAACACCACCUUCAAAUGGUCGCUGGAUGAAUAUUUUCGCAGUAUUUACUCGCCGGAGAGUGGUGGGAUGCCAGGAGAGUUUAACGGGCCGAGUAGAGCAGAACCGGGACAGCGGACAGAGAUCAGGUACCAGGUACAGGACAACAGGGAGGCUCGCGUGACGGAGCAGGGACGGUCCAGGAACGAGGAGGAGCUGAGGUGGCAACGGGAGGAGGAACGGAGACAGGGAAGAGUAGCGGCUACAGGCCGACCAAAAGUAAGGGGAACAAGCCCAACGCGACCCCCCUUUCCUGUGGAUGCCCUAUUGGCUGAGAUAGAGGGGUAUGUCAGAGAACUAGAGGCUUUCCAGGAGUGGGAAGGAGAGACAGGGAGUCAGAAGGCACAGUUGUCACCUCCGCCCGUGCCACCCCCUCCCGUCCCCCCUCCACCGACGGAGGUGCAAACACCCAAGGAAGAAACAAGUCCUACCACUGAGGCCCCACCGGUACCACCACUGCCCAAAAAGAAGGGGCCACCGCCAGACCCGCCUCCACGCAUGGACUUACUGAGAAAGAAGAUUUCGAGGAUAUUGGAAGAAGAGAGGAGGAAAAAGAUGCUGGAAGAAGAAGCGCAGCAGCGAGCGAGGAAACACUCAGCGAACGCGGAGCGGCCAGUCGUGGUGCCGAGUAACAGAUACGACGACACCCAGGUGACACCACCAACAAAGAUCUCCAUUGAAGUCAAGAAAGAGCCAAGCCCCCCAUCCUUUGAGGCCAGUCCGGAAAUCCUGCAUGCUCAGCGGGUGCGCCCAGUGCAUGUUGGGGCGCUCCCUCUAACAACACAUAACAACUCGGAGACUGGAUUGAGAGCACAGGCAAGGGCUUUGUACCCUUUCAAGGCUCAGAACUCAAAGGAGCUGUCCUUCAAGAAAGGUGACGUCAUCUACCUGACAAGGCAAGUCGACAAGAACUGGUAUGAAGGAGAACACAACGGAUACGUGGGAAUCUUCCCUGUCAACUACAUUGAGGUGAUCACUUCACUGGAGGAGGCCCAGAAGACAGCUACACAAGGGUCAGAGGGCAGCGCAAGAGCUAAGUACAGCUUUGUAGGAGAGACGCAAGUGGAGCUUUCUCUGAAAAAGAACGAUAUCGUAACUCUACUGAGGAGGGUGGACAACAACUGGUACGAGGGCCAGAUAGGAAACAGGCAAGGCAUCUUCCCCGUGUCCUAUGUGGAGGUCUAUAAGGAGCCAGGGGAUUCAACACCUACAGACAUCAGCCCCCCUGCACAACCCCAGAACUACCCCAUGCACAUCAAGGCAAGCCCCCCUGUCGCCAGGAAACCAAUGAGUCCAAGAGCGCAAAGAACCCCAUCUCCGCAACAAGUCCCCAACCAGCAAUUCUACAGCAACCGUGACAACUUUGUGUACAACGGCGGCCCCCACCCUCGUAGCGCACCACCCCCGCAGCACGUCUCCCCGCCACAGCACGUGUCUCCACCACAACAUGUACCUCCUCCACAGCAUGUCUCUCCACCAAUGCAGCCUCACGCCAACGCCAUGCCGCCUCCUCCCUCAGGGGAAAAAUAUCGUGCUAUCUACAGCUAUCACCCUCAGAACGAGGACGAGCUAGAGCUGACGGAGGACGACGUGGUGCUCGUGAUGGAAAAGUGUGACGACGGUUGGUACGUCGGGACGUCGCAGAGAACCGGACAGUUUGGGACAUUCCCUGGGAACUACGUUGUAGAGAUAUGCAGGGCAGGGAGUGCCCUCAAGGUGGUACCAUGGGACAAAUCUCAGCCUUGGACUGCCCAAAAGGCUGGCAACUCAUACGUUUAGUGAUGGACAGAAUGAAAGAAAGAAGAGAAGAGAAGACCAGGGUGUGGCCACCUUCCAUACAAGCAGGACUCGUGCACUAAAACACCAUGAGCCUAGAGACACAAACUAUUGUACUCCCAACUCUUGCCAGGUUGGAGGACAGGCGGAAGAUCGGGGCCCCAAACUUCAGCAUUUGUAGGCUUUUCUAGGUCUCAUCGUGUGUAUGUAAUUUAUACAGUAUGUACAAUAUGCUUCUACAAUUUUAGCUUGUAAAUUAGUGAAUAUUUAAAUACUCUACACAAAUACGUCGCUUCCUAUUUUCAGGUGUCAUGCUAGCAGUGUAGAAUAUGUACAGGGGUCAUACGGGGUGCAGUGAAAAGGGCGAUGCUACAUGAGCUUGAAAGAAUGUAGGGGAACUCUGCAUGAGAUGCAGGGUGGGGGAUUUUUAAAUGUGGGAGUGAGUAGAUGAGAUGCUCAACUUGCCUAUCUAUGUAGACAAAGCCACUGCAAAUGAUACUGAAUCAUUAGGUGCCCUAAUAAUGUAGAAAAAGUAUAAACAAAAACUUACCAUCACAGCUCCUAUACACAGUGUUACCGAUCACUGAUUAUAUAAAUCGUGCUGUACCUAUAUGUUCAGCUUAUCGCUGUGAUUAUGUUUGAAUCACCUUAACAUGAUCAAAGGUGUGUCCUGAUUAGGUCACCAGAGGUGAAAGUUCAAAGGGCAACGACUUGUAUCUGUUGUAAUGUGACUUGAAAAGAAGAUACAGAGAGGAAGGACUGCUACACAGAACAUGUUGACAUGAUUGCCAAGAGGAUCAACGAAUGUGCAGAAGAAGAAGUUUUACACAAGUUAUUGAUUGUUGGAUGAGAGAAUUGGAAGAGGAGGAGAAUGAAUGAAUGGCAUGAUCAGCCAGAAGUGGGUGUGGUGCUUCUGGAUAUAAAUGAUGUAUGUAACAUAGCUCCUUUUUGUAACACUUUUGGAACCAAAUCUUUUGCUUGCAUCUCUGUCUAUACAAGAUACUACAUGUAGAUGACAUAGGCAUAUCUUGCCAGGGACAGACUUCAGUGUUACUCUUUAAAUUUUCUUUAUAGUUUAUAGAAAUCAAGAGAAUACUAUUAAGUAUACUAAUGUUAUGUCUAUUGUCAUACAAUUGUGUUGAAUUCAUAGAGAACGGUUUGUAAUCAGGGUACCAAAACUAGGCACUGGUAAAACAUGGCUUUUUGACUUGUAAAGAUUGAAUCCUGUACAAAACUUCAGCUAUGGCCACCAUGUAGCACAUGGCAGAUGUUGGCUUUUUUUAGUAUCAGAAAGGGAAGGAGACUAGCCAAUCUGAUGAACAAUGUUAUAAGUUACACAACAGUGUGUAGUAGUGGACAUUGGAUCGGGAAAGAGGUGUUCUGAUGGACAGCUUGUCUCCUGUCGUUUGAUUUUUCAUGUUCAAGUGGCAGAAUGUUGCUGCCAUGGAACUGAAAGCUCUGACUCUUCUUACGCCUUUGUACUGAUACAAUAAAUCAAGGUCCAAAAUUGUAGCAUUCAUUUCAAAAACCCCUCAUCACUGAAAAGAAUUUGUGAGGCUAUUACUACCAUGAUGGUAGAACUUUUCUAGCUGUUUUACCCCUCUCCAAAUAUGGGUUGAUCCUGUAGCAGGUAAAGCUAGAUGAACCACUUCUUCUGAGGGGUGUUAUUGUUAUUUUUUUAGCUCAGCAACGACCUGAUAAUAAUUUCACCCUUGUCUCAAUACGAAUCCUACUGUAAGUACAAGCAUUUAUAUUUGGAUUGCUCAUUACAAGGUAUUAAAAAUACAUGUAGAUGCUAAGUACCACUUUGUUAGAUAGAAUUGUGUGAAACCAUUUCAGUUUUUUUGCUUGGACAGGAAGCUUUUUGAUAUCUCAGUGAAAUUGCUGCUGCAACCGGAGUAGAUGUCCAUCAUCUGUCCCUUAUUUAUAUCCUGCAGAUAUAUUGUAUUUUAGCCAGCCAAUAUCUUUAAGCAGUAGCAACUGAUUUCUUCCUCCGUUUGCUGCCACAUCUCUCCUGUCGCAUUUGUGGUGUAUCUUUACCAAAUAAACUAUCAUCAGGUAA